AUUCAAUUCAAUUCGAUUCAAUUCGAUUCGAUUCAAUUCUUUCCUUCUUUCACUCUUCACUAAUUCUUCAGUCUUAUCCAUUCAUUCAAAAAAAGAAAGCAGCCAUGCACACAAUCGCUGAUUUUUGCGUUAUUCCCAUGGGCGUCACUGCCUCAGUCAGUGAAUAUAUUGCAGAGUGUCAACGGGUUAUUGAAAAGAGCGGCUUAAAGUUUAGCAUGCACUCCUACGGCACUAAUAUUGAGGGUGACUGGGAUGCUGUUUGUCGAGUUAUGAAAGAAUGCCACGAAGCUGUUCAUGCUAUGGGAUGCCCAAGAGUCUCCACCAGCAUUCGUAUUGGAACAAGGACUGACAAAGCUGAACAGAACAUGGAAGACAAGGUCAAAGUGGUUCAAGAAAUUCUGGCCAAGGACCGAGCUGCCUAAGUUACACGAGCAAGAUCGAUUUUAGGAGACAAGCAAAGCUGUAUAUAUGUAUAUAAAAAGCGGGCACCAAAAUGUGAUCUUGUAG